AUGUUCAUCGGGGGAUUGAAUUGGGAAACAACAGAGAAAUCACUGAAAGACUAUUUCUCACAAUUUGGAGAAGUCACUGAAUGCACUGUGAUGCGUGAUGGUGCCACUGGUCGCUCUCGAGGAUUUGGCUUCUUGACUUUCCGAGACCCGAAGACCGUCAACAUCGUCAUGGUCAAAGAACAUUAUCUGGACGGGAAGAUUAUCGACCCCAAGCGGGCCAUCCCACGUGAAGAGCAGGAACGCACCGCCAAAAUCUUCGUCGGCGGCGUCUCCACCGAAGCCACCGAAGCCGACUUUAAGAACUACUUCAAGCAGUUUGGCCGUGUCAUCGACGCAACGCUCAUGAUGGACAAGGACACUGGACGGCCCCGUGGCUUCGGAUUCGUGACCUUCGACGGUGACGAGGCAGUCGAUGCCUGCUUAGCUCAACCCCUCGACAUUCUCGGAAAGCCCAUCGAAGUCAAACGUGCCCAACCGCGCGGCAACAUGCGAGAUGACGACAACCAGAAAUUCGGUCGACGCGGAUUCGGACGCGGCGGCGGCGCGCCCCAGCACCAAGACAUGUCCAUGGAGGCCGGCAACCAGAACGCGAACAUGGGCAGCAUGCCGCAGAACACCCAAGGCAUGUCCCCGGCGAUGAUGGCACAGUACUGGCAGAAGAUGCAGCAGUACUUCGCCAUGAUGCAGCAGAACCUCCAGAUGGCGCAGCAGCAGCAGAUGGGCGGCGGGAUGCCGAUGGGUAUGAACCCGGCCAUGAUGCAGCAGAUGAUGGCGAUGCAGCAACAACAGCAGCAGCAGCAGCAGGGCCGCGGUCAGAACCCUCAGUCUCCUGGCAUGAACCCCGCCGCCAUGAUGGGCAUGAACCCCGCCAUGAUGCAACAAAUGCAAGCCCAGGCCCAAGCCCAACAGCAAGCAGCCAUGCAAGGUCAAGGCCAAGGCCCCGGCUCCGGCUCCACCCCCGGCACCCCUCCCGCCGGCCCCUCCGCCCAACUCCAACAACCCGGCGCCCCCAACCCCACCGGAACCAACGGCGCCAACCCAAACCCCUCCCGCGGCUACCCCGCCGAACCCUUCGACCAACAAAAAUACGACCGCCAACAACAGCAGCGCAUGCAGCAAUACGGCGCCCACGGCGGCUUCGGCAGCCCCACCAGCUGGGAUGGCAUGUACGACGGCGACCCGCAGCCGGGAGCGGGCGGUGGACGUGGCGGAAUGAGUCCGGGGGGGGAUGCACCGGUGCAGCCGAGUCAGGCGCCGGCGAAUGCGCCGACGGGGCCGAAGAAUGCGGGGAGGCCUGGGGCGAAUUAUCGGGGGGGUGGGAGGGGAGGGCAUCGGGGAGGGUAUCAUCCGUAUGCAAGGUAA